AAGAAGAUGAAGAAAAAGAAGAAGCACUUCAUUAGAACAAGCAAGGGAAAUGGAGCGCGCUAGUGUUUGUACAAACAUCUCACAAUUUUGUGGAACUGGAAACCUCUGAUGAGGUUAACGAGAAGGGUUGUAUUUUUGAAGCUUUCUUCGCGUUGACAAUUAUUGUGGACUACCCAGAAUCUAACCAUGGCUACAAAAUAGUCUCACUCUGUCCGCGGGAAAAUGUCGUUACUUCCUGUGCAGAUGUCUGUUGGCGCGACAUUCUACUUCAGCUGGAGGCUGUAGGACAUUAUCCAAACACGUGUAAAAGUGACAGAGGCAUGCGAAAAAAUGGAGUGCAUCAGCAAGGACGUGGCUCUUGGUGAUGAUGCACAUGUCAGUGAAGAUUCUGUGGACAUUUACGAUGAUUUGGAUCUCCAGGCUGUCAGCAGUUCAGAGAAGUCCCCUCCAGCUUCUUCUCGGCUGCAAGCAUCAAUGGAUCUAUAUGAAGACAUUGUAAGAGAAGAACAACAGGGCAGAGAAUCAUCUUACAUUGACUUGAAAUCGCGAUUCCAAGCAGCCCAAAACCAAAUUAAAGAGUUACGCAGGAGACUGGAACAGUUGGAGUUACAGAACACAGGGCUGAACACUGAGAACCACCUCCUCAAAAAGAACAUCUCAGCACUUUUACGGACGGCGAGACAAGAGGUUAUGCGAAAGGACGCAGAGAUUCAAAGGCUGAACCAGUCGUCAGGCAAAGGUCACCAUCAUCAUCAUCAUCAUCAUUCUCAAAUGCACGAUCAAAACCCCUCCUGCCACUCCUUCACUAGCUCGAUGAGUAAGCCACCAACGUCCAGUCUGCCAGCACCCAGUCCCACCUUAUGCUCCUCUCCUCAAACAUCAUCUUCAAGGGACGAUCGUCUUCCAAAGGUUCACCUUGAAGCAGCCAGGAAAGAAAGUGGAAAGACCAGCGGCUCUUGUACGGAGACAAGGCCUUCCUCUCACAAAGGUUCCUCAGUGCGUGACGUUCAGAAGGAGCUCUCUGUCAGCAAUUCUGUCAGUUCAUCCACCUGGCAUCAUGGCUCAGAUAAGCACAAAUCUAAGCACAGAGAGGAAAAAUGUCAGAAAUCGUUUGACUCUGCAGACAGAAAACACAGAACUGGUUUGGAUUCCAGUUAUACCAUUGAGAAAGUCAGGUCUCAUAAAUUAGACCGAGAAAGAAGACAUGACUCCAGGACAUGUAAAAGCAGGGACUACCAAAAUGUAGACGGGCAUCGAAGGUCAGAGAGUGGUAAAACUCCCCCAGUAAAGAAUUUAAAUGUUGUAGGUUCUUCAGACGACUCAAAAGGGAGAACUCAUGAAAAGAAACAUCGAUCUGGUCACAGCUAUUCAGACGACCGCAGUCGACACAGCAGAAAAAUCAAGACGAGUGAUGAAAAGAGCAGUUUAGAGAUGGAACUUAAAAGAUCUGACUCAAAAGACCGGAAGAGAUCUUCUGUAAAUCCGCAUACAGAAUGCAGCAGUGCUUCUUCAAAAGAGAAGCAAAGGAGUCGGCAUUCAGGUGAUUACCAACGGAAGGGAGACAAGCAACGAGAAGAUGAAAAGCCCAAAAGCCAUAAAAGGAACACUGCAUCUGAGACAAAGAGAGAAGGUGACAAGCAGCCAUCAGGAGAAGCUCACAAUAAUAAACCCGAUGCCAAUAACAAGGAAAGACAAGGAAAGAAGCAUGUGCAAAUAUCCGUCAAGGAACUAUUAGAAGAUAAACGAGAAAACAGAAAGUUGUGCUUCAUGGAAACACUGAAUUUAACGCUUUCGCCAAAUAAAAAGCUGCUACCCAACAGCAGCCGGAACGAUGGACUCACUGCAUUACAGCCGGUACUCGAAAGGGGGCCAGGUGGGGACAUGUUUGUCAUCCAUCAAAUCGACAGCAGUGAAUCACAAGCUUGUCUGGAAAAGUUGCCUACAGAUUCUGUGGAAGCCCCCAUUUCAGAGACGCUUACGAAGAGAGAUGUCCAAGAAAGAGACACCAGCCCGGAAGACACUGCUGUUCAAGCUACGUGUCUGUUAUCCCACGAUUCAGCAAUGGACGGGAUGGCUUCAUGUGUGACACCAAAAACACAAGAGAACAGUUCUCUGGUAGAGAAAGACAGCCCAGACAGCCAAUUAGAUGUAUUGAAACAAGUGGAUGCUACUGAUCAUGCCACUGACGUGUGUGGAAGUGGUAAAGAUCGAAGUCCUUUACAGAAAACAGAGAGUGGAAAUAUCAAUGAGCAAUGUAUUGCUGUCACACAGCAUGCUGAUUCAAGGCUAGCUCAGGACAGCGGCUGUCCAAAUAAGGUUAUGGAAUAUGCAGGCACAUCAAAAAAUGUAUCUACCCCUGAAGAUGUUAUUCACACUCAUCCAGAAAGUGGACAAACGUCUCCCAUCACCAGACAUCAGGAUGCUCAAAUAGACGUGCACCCGCCUGCUUCGUCAGGUCCCGCCAAUGAUAAAGACACGUGUUAUCAAGAUGAUCUCCAAGAUGCAAAUGCUGUAUCUAGUACAAUAAGUCUGGAAUCUGUGCCACAAGAGGGCCUGAGUUUGCCUGAGGCCAUUUACGUUCUAACAAACAAGGACGACGGUGGCAGCUCUUGCCUCACAACCGACCAAGUCUCAUCCCUCGGCUGUAUUGGCGUGUCAAACGUCAGCAGCACAACAGAAGAAAUGUCUCCACCUGACCAAUACUGUGAGCUCACUGUCACACCAAAGAAAAACCUGUGUGAAAAGAGUCUUGAGAAAAAUGUCGAGCCUUCCUGUUCAAUGCCUUUACUUCAUGACGAGGACUCCAUGAUGCGCACACUCAGCAAUCUCAAGAGAAUCCCAGAUGCAAUCAGCCCUUUAAGGAGUCCAAUCCACAUGAAGAAGAGAAGUCACCUCCUGGUUCAUGGAAAGCCUGGGCAUGUCAAAAGCCUACAAAAAGAGUUCUCAAGCACAGCCUGUGAUGCCAACUCAAAGAAACAAGAUUUAAAUAAAGAAAAUAAAUAUCCAGGUUCUCCUUCAAAACAUGCCAAGCAGGAUUUGGCAGACAAAUUACCGGAAAUGCCUUCAAAUCUCUCCGACACGGAACCAGAGGAAGGGGAAAUUUUAAGUGAAAGCGAUGACGCAUCCUCAGGCUCGCCUCUUCAUGCAACCAAGCGAGUGAAAUCAGCAGGGGCAGUCAGAAGUAAAGCCAAUCCCAAGUCCCUUUUGGAGAAGAGGAAAUGUGAAGAAAGGACAGCAGCAGAAAGUGCAUCAAGUCCAGGAAGUAAGAGUCGUUUUAAAACGGUUCGCCCGGUAUCAACCAAGGCUUCUUUCACCACAGUAGAAGAAGUCAUGGAAACAUUCAAAAUGGUUCGCAUGGAAAUCCGGAAAAAGUACAUGAAGCUCCACAGAACCUUUCCAAAGAGGAGUUUUUGCGGUGUCAUGGAGAAUUUCAGGGAGUCGUUUGUGCAGUUUGUGGAAGGUGCACAUUUCAGUCAAAUAUGCUGUCGAGCAACGGAGCUCAAAUCUAAGCUGAAGGUUUUAAUCAUAUCGAUGUUUAACAAAGUAGCAGACAAUGGUAUUGUCAAACGCAUCUUUGAUCAACAAGCUGCUGAUCUGAAACAAAAGUUGUGGGACUUUGUAGAUGUCCAACUAGACUACCUGCUCAAGGACAUUUACGCCACUCUGAAGAACCUGUGUCGAGCAGUAAGGACUUUUCCAGAAAAAAAGAGGUCUUGUGUAACUGAGAGUGUCCCUGGACAAAAAGAUUCAAAAGGGCUUUUAAGGGCUUUGGAUCCAAUGAAGCCUUGCGUUGCAUCUUACAAAACAGGCCUUGGAAGUAGAGGCAAAGGUAUAAGAAUUACUCAUACAGGAAAACAAAAAAAUGUUGGCACGUGUCCACAAAAUGACGCGCCUGCAGAUCCAGGAGUUGACGGUCUUUCUCCUAAAAAGCCUUCAGUUUCAGAUAAAACUCCAAUGGCGUUGGUGGUCAAGUCUCAAAGUACAUCUUCGCUGGACAAGACUGACUUUGAACUACUCACAGAGCAGCAGGCUUCCAGUUUAACGUUCAACCUGGUCCGAGAUUCUCAAAUGGGAGAAAUAUUCAAGUGCCUCCUGCAAGGAUCUGACUUGCUGGAGCCCAGUGGAGAGAGCACAUCGUGGUCUCUGUCUACGCCGAAAAAGAACGGGGAAACACUCAUUAGCAUCACCACUCCAACCAAAUUUGACUCUCCGACGAAAUUUCUUUCCCCAACCAAAUUUGACACCCCGUCCAAACUGAUCGCUACCUGGUCCAGCAUCUCACCGCGCAACAUGUUCCCACAGGCCAAAGACCACGUCACAACAAAUCCAGUUUUAUUUGAUGAAAGUUGCUUGUUAGAGGUUCCGUCUGAGAAUCAGGCGACACUGCAGUCCAACUUUUUGUCACAGAGGAAUUAUUCCAUUCUCGCCGAGGAUCUGGAAGUUUCCCUAACUAUUCCAUCACCUCUCAAGUCCGACAGUCACCUGAGCUUUCUGCAACCGUCCGGCGUGCACACCAUAUCCACUCCAGACAGUGUCAUCAGUGCUCACAUUAGUGAGGACGCUCUGCUCGACGGGGAAGAUGCGACAGAACAGGACAUUCACCUGGCCCUCGACACAGACAACUCCAGCAGUGGGUCGAGCAGUGGUGUGCCCUCACAAGCGGUUGCAAAUGCUUUUGUGUUGAAGCCUGAAUUGCCGAUGCAGGCGCUCGUGAUGGAGAAAUCCAAUGAUCAUUUCAUUGUUAAGAUUCGUCAGGGGUCCACACAGACUCUCGAUGUAGAUGAGACUUUGAGUCCAACACGAACGGAAGAAGACACCGCAGACAAGUCGCAAAAACAAGCCAGCCCAUGCAAUGAGAUAUAUAAAGACCGUGUAACAGGCAUACAUACGACUAGUGGUGGUAUUGCUCCAACCAAAGAUGAUAAGGAGCCUCCACAUACAUCAGCUGCAUCAAAACAUGCGACAGACGAGACGCAAAAAGUUGUGGCAUCUCCCCGAGCGCCUUCUGAACAGAUUCAUUCAAAGGACAAAAGUCUCACCACCGCAGAAGAAGAUGUACGCAGAGACCCGGAAAAAGACAACAAGGAUGUUGAGAAAAGGAAAAAACGAAAGCGGCACCAAGAGCAUUCAAAAGCAAAGCGUCCAAGGGAAGAUCAAGAGGACCAAAUAGGAAAUGAAUCCUUACCGCCGUCCCCUAAUAGUUUCUCUGCCAUGAACGUCGUCAAGAGAAAAGGAGCUGUGGUGAUGGCAUGGACAAGAGAUGAAGAUCGAGCAAUUCUUAUUGACCUGAAAACAAAAGGUGCUUCACGUGAAACAUUUGCUGACUUGUCAGAUAAACUGAAGAAGCCGUCAGAACAGAUUGCACAGAGAUUUUACCAGCUCAUGAAGCUCUUUAAGAAGCAGGGGAAGAUGGACGUCUGAUCACAGUGACUUGUUUGUGUUUUGCUGAAAAUGCUGAGGAUUGUCGUUCAGUUAUUUACUUUGAAGGCCCUCUUGGAGACAAUGUUCGGUGUACAUAGUCGGUGGUAUACAGUAGAUAUUUAUAAAGAAGCGUUUGUCGUAUCCUGUCUUAUGACCAGUUGCAAAAAAAAAACCUAGACGGAACUCCUUGAAUUCAUCCUGUUUUUGAUCUAGCAGUUGGGCUAGAAAUUGUAAUUAUGUUAAAAUGUUGCAUUUUAAAGCUUGUAAGAGUUUGAGGAUUAAAAAGCCUUGCAUUUAUCUCUUUUCUCUAAUAUUUUAUUUCUAGACGCUAAUGGUAUUUUUGUAUCCAUCUCAUUGCUUACGAAAAGCAUCGAGUGUUGUGAAUAUUUGAUAUAUAACGUAGGAAAAAUAAAGUUUUAUUUGAUGAUUUUA